AUGGAUUAUGAAGAGCAGUUUGAAGGGAAAGAAAGGAAGAGAAAGAACAUGACAUACGGAUCUGGAAGCCAUACUGAAGAGAAACAUGGUAAAUAUAAUGAGCAAAGGAGAAUUUUUCACCGUAGAUUUGAAGUUCAACACCAGAGAAUCCAAACUGAAAAGAAGUCUUAUAUGUGUCAUGAAUAUGGGAAAGCUUCCACUCAGAAGAGAACUCUUAUUGACCAUCAGAGAAUUUGCACUGGGGAGAAACCCCAUGAGUGCAGUCAAUGUGGAGAGUCUCCAGUUAUGUUAGCUUUAGACAUCGCCAGACUCAAGAAAGCAUCAGACGGCAUAAUGACUUGCAGGGACAUUGAGGAGGAAGCUCCAUCUGCUCCAGCACCUGGAAGACACUGGGAGGAGGCCAACAUGACCCGGUUCCAGGAGUUCAUCUUGCUGGGCUUGUCGACAAGGCCAGGCUUACGUGGUGUCCUCUUUGCUGUGUUCCUGACCCUCUACCUGCUGACUCUCUUGGAGAACACCGUCAUCAUUCUGCUCAUCUGGAGCCACCCAGGGCUCCACAAGCCCAUGUACUUCUUCCUGGGGAAUCUGAGCUGCCUGGAGAUGUGUUACGUCUCAGUCACGGUGCCCACCCUGCUGCUUGGGCUGUGGUCAGGGCCUUGCCAUGUCCCCUUCACAUCCUGCAUGACUCAGCUCUUCUUCUUCAUCACACUUAUCUGUGCUGAGUGCACACUCCUGGCCUCCAUGGCCUAUGACCGCUAUGUGGCUAUCUGUCGUCCUCUCUACUAUCCAAUACUCAUGAGGCCCCAGGUCUGCUUCACGCUGUCCAUGGCCUCAUGGAUGGGCAGCCUUAGUGUCUCUGUGAUCAAGACAGCCUGCAUUGCUGGGCUGUCCUACUGUGGCCCCAAUGUCCUCAACCACUUCUUUUGUGACGUCUCUCCUCUGCUCAAUCUCUCCUGUACUCAUGUAGCACUGACUGAGCUGGUCGACUUCAUCUCAGCCAUUGUCAUCCUGUGGGGCUCACUGCUGGUUGCCUUGGCUUCAUACAUGGCUAUUGGGGCAGCAGUGGUGUGUAUGCCUUCAGCCGCUGCCCGACGCAAAGCCUUCUCUACCUGUGCCUCCCAUCUCAUUGUGGUUGGCAUCUUCUACUCAGCCACCAUCUUCAUCUAUGCCCGGCCCAGCAGAAUUGAAGCCAUGGACCUCAACAAAGUGCUUUCUGUCAUCUACACAGUGCUCACACCCAUGUGUAACCCAAUCAUCUACUGCCUACGGAACAAGGAAGUCCAAGGUGCUUUGCGUAGGACUCUCCAUAAGGUUGGGUUCAGUCAGAAGAGCUGA